UGUUGUCUUCAUUCAGGACUUCCUGCUGCAGAUUGUCAGCGUGAACUCAAAUCCAACCUGAAGAAGAAGUUCCAGUCUGUGUUUGAGGGCAUCGCUAAAGCAGGAAACCCAACCCUUCUGAAUGAGAUCUACACAGAGCUCUACAUCACAGAGGGAGGGACUGCAGAGGUCAAUGAAGAACAUGAGGUCAGACAGAUUGAAACAGCAUCCAGGAGACCAGCCAGACCAGAAACAACCAUCAGACAAGGAGACCUCCUCAAAGCCUCAGCUGGAGGAGAAGAACCAAUCAGAACAGUGAUGACUAAGGGAGUGGCUGGCAUUGGGAAAACAGUCUUAACACAGAAGUUCACUCUGGACUGGGCUGAAGACAAAGACCACCAGGACAUACAGUUCACAUUUCCAUUCACCUUCAGAGAGCUGAAUGUGCUGAGAGAGAAGAAGUUCAGCUUGGUGGGACUUGUUCAUCACUUCUUCAGUGAAACCAGAGCAGCAGGAAUCUGCAGGUUUGAAGAGUUCCAGGUUGUGUUCAUCUUUGACGGUCUGGAUGAGUGUCGACUUCCUCUGGACUUCCACAACAAUGAGAUCCUGACUGAUGUCACAGAGACCUCCUCAGUGGAUGUGCUCCUCACAAACCUCAUCAGGGGGAAGCUGCUUCCCUCUGCUCGCCUCUGGAUAACCACACGACCUGCAGCAGCCAAUCAGAUCCCUCCUGAGUGUGUUGGCAUGGUGACAGAGGUCAGAGGGUUCACUGACCCCCAGAAGGAGGAGUACUUCAGGAAGAGGUUCAGAGAUGAGGAGCAGGCCAGCAGGAUCAUCUCUCACAUCAAGACCUCACAAAGCCUCCACAUCAUGUGCCACAUCCCAGUCUUCUGCUGGAUCACUGCUACGGUUCUGGAGGACGUGUUGAAGACCAGAGAGAGAAGAGAUCUGCCCAAGACCCUGACUGAGAUGUACAUCCACUUCCUGGUGGUUCAGUCCAAAGUGAAGAAGGUCAAGUACGAUGGAGGAGCUGAGACGGAUCCACACUGGAGUCCAGAGAGCAGGAAGAUGAUUGAGUCUCUGGGAAAACUGGCCUUUGAUCAGCUGCAGAAAGGCAACCUGAUCUUCUAUGAAUCCGACCUGACAGAGUGUGGCAUCGAUAUCAGAACAGCCUCCGUGUGCUCAGGAGUGUUCACUCAGAUCUUCAGAGAGGAGAGAGGACUGUACCAGGACAAGGUGUUCUGCUUCGUCCAUCUGAGUGUUCAGGAGUUUCUGGCUGCUCUUCAUGUCCAUCUGACCUUCUUCAGCUCUGGUGUCAAUCUGCUGUCAGGAGAACCUGGACCAAUGCGUCUCUACCAGAGUGCUGUGGACCAGGCCUUACAGAGUCCUAAUGGACACCUGGACUUGUUCCUCCGCUUCCUCCUGGGUCUUUCCCUGGAGACCAAUCAGAGUCUCCUACGAGGUCUGCUGACACAGACAAGAAGUACCUCACAGACCAAUCAGGAGUCAGUCAAGUACAUCAAGAAGAAGAUCAGUGAGGAUGUGUCUCCAGAGAAAAGCAUCAAUCUGUUCCACUGUCUGAAUGAACUGAAUGAUGGUUCUCUAGUGGAGGAGAUCCAAUGGUCCCUUAGUUCAGGACGUCUCUCCACAGAUAAACUGUCUCCUGCUCAGUGGUCAGCUCUGGUCUUCAUCUUACUGUCAUCACAAGAAGAUCUGGAGGUGUUUGACCUGAAGAAAUUCUCAGCUUCAGAGGAGGCUCUUCUGAGGCUGCUGCCAGUGGUCAAAGCCUCCAACAAAGUUCUACUCAGUGGCUGUAACCUCUCAGAGAGAAGCUGUGAAGUUCUGUCCUCAGUCCUCAGCUCCCAGUCCUCUAGUCUGAGAGAACUGGAUCUGAGUAACAACCACCUGCAGGAUUCAGGAGUGAAGCUGCUGUGUGAUGGACUGAAGAGUCCACACUGUGACCUGGACACUCUCAGACUCAGUGACUGUAACCUCUCAGUAAGAAGCUGUGAAGUUCUGUCCUCAGUCCUCAGCUCCCAGUCCUCUAGUCUGAGAGAACUGGAUCUGAGUAACAACCACCUGCAGGAUUCAGGAGUGAAGCUGCUGUGUGAUGGACUGAAGAGUCCACACUGUGGCCUGGAGACUCUCAGGGUGGAGCCUGCUGGAGUCCAAUGGAUGACACCAGGUCUGAGGAAGUAUUCCUGUGAACUCACAAUCGACACAAACACAGUAAACAGACAACUCAAACUGUCUGACAACAACAGGAAGGUGACACGUGUGGAGGAGGUUCAGUCAUAUCCUGAUCAUCCAGACAGAUUUGACAACUGGCCUCAGCUGCUGUGUAGAACUGGUCUGACUGGUCGCUGUUACUGGGAGGUCGAGUGGAGCGGAUACGUUAAUGUAUCAGUGAGUUACAGAGGAAUCAAGAGGAAAGGAGGCAGUAAUGACUGUGUGUUUGGAAACAAUGAUCAGUCCUGGAGUCUGUGGUGCUCUGAUAAAGGUUACUCUGUCUGUCACAAUAAUACAGUAACACACAUCACCUCCUCCUCCUCCUCUCAUAGAGUAGCAGUGUAUGUGGACUGUCCUGCUGGCUCUCUGUCCUUCUACAGAGUCUCCUCUGACUCACUGAUCCACCUCCACACCUUCAGCACCACAUUCACUGAACCUCUUUAUCCUGGGUUUGGGUUCUGGUUCAGUUCCUCAGUGUCUUUGUGUCCUCUUCAGGACGGUGAGUCUCCUCCUGGUGGAGAACCUUCCUCUCUGCUCACCACAUAGUUCAGUCUGUACAGCUGAUGGAGGUCCAUGUGGGUGUAGGUGCAGGUGGAGCAGGUGAGGGGUACCUGAGCUGGUCUGGACUCUGGGGGUCCACAGCUCUCUGGGACUUGUGCUGUUGCAGAUGAACGUGUGAAAGAGCUCAGCGAGGUGUGUUUUAAUGUCUCUGUGCUCGAUGCCUCUGUGGAUGAAUCAAUAAUCAUCAUUUAGAUGUUGGCUCCUAAUUACAGUUUAAUCUUAAUCUUUAUGUGUCACAAUGUUCAAGAAGACAUUUUAUACGACUAAUGGAUCUGUUUGAUAAAU